AUGGUUACCCUCACUCGAAUUCAGGUUGCGAUCCUCAGCGUUAGUACUUUGACUGCAGCAGUCCCUCUCUCUGCCAGAGCAGAAAAGAAGUCUUUCUCUGUGAACCAGGUUAAGGUAACCCCUACCAAGACCACAAACCCAGCUGCCCACUAUGCAAAGGUGUUACAUAAGUAUGGCGCUGAAGUCCCGGACCAUGUCCUGGCCGCAGCCGCAGCUACUGGGAGUGUCACAACUACCCCAACAGAGUACGAUGAGGAGUAUCUUACUCCGAUUGAUAUUGGUGGCACAACGAUGAAUUUGGACAUCGAUACUGGUUCCUCUGACCUUUGGGUGUUUUCCAAUGGGCUGCCCUCCAGUGAGACUGCAGGCCAUGCGGUGUACAUCCCUAGCGCUGAUGCCGAGCUCCUGAGUGGCUACACUUGGGACAUCUCAUAUGGAGAUGGAAGUUCGGCUAGUGGGGAUGUGUACUUGGACUAUGUGAAUGUUGGAGGUGUUACUGCCACCUCCCAAGCUGUUGAAGCUGCUGAAACCAUCAGCUCCGAGUUCGAGCAGGACGCAUCAGAUGGCCUUAUGGGUCUCGCCUUUAGCUCUAUCAAUACUGUCCAACCCGUGUCCCAGUUAACUUUCUUCGCCAACAUUCAGUCCAGCUUGGCUUCUCCUUUGUUUUGUGCGGACCUUAAGUACGAGGCACCGGGCGUGUAUGACUUUGGCUUCAUUGACAGCUCCAAGUACACAGGGUCGAUUACAUACACUUCUGUGGACAACUCUGAGGGCUACUGGGGAUUCACUGCAUCUGGAUAUGCAAUUGGAAGCGGCUCUACUGUGUCAACAUCCAUCAGCGGUAUCGCAGAUACCGGCACCACUCUCCUCCUCCUUAGUAGUUCAAUUGUCAAUAAGUACUAUGCGAAGGUCAGCGGAGCUACGAACAGCAAUACUUAUGGUGGCUGGGUCUUCCCAUGCUCUGCAACACUCCCUACGUUCACCACUGUGAUAAAUGGCUACAAAGCAGUCAUUCCAGCAAAGUAUCUGAAUUAUGCUCCUGUUACAACCGGGAGUUCAACUUGCUUUGGCUCUAUCCAAGUUGACACUGGUAUUGGCUUCGCCAUUUUUGGCGAUAUUUUCCUCAAGAGCCAGUAUGUCGUCUUUGAUGCAAGUGGACCGCAGCUCGGAUUUGCCGCUCAGGCAUAA